CUGAGUGUUAUGGAGCAAGCAUGGAGCCGGAGCACGUCCCCGGACCGUCUCUGACCGAGUGCGGGCUGGAGUUCCCGGGUCAGCCCUACUCCGCCCGCGUCCUCAAAGCGGGCUACAGCGUGCCACAGCCGGACGGGACUUUCAAAGCGGACGGGAGCAUCACACUGCUCACGGGGCCCCUGAACAUCCUGGUGGACACCGGCGGACCGUGGGACCGAGACUUUCUGCUGCGGAGCCUGGAGGAGCGGGGGCUGAGCGCGGGGGACGUCCACGUGGUGGUGGGGACGCACGGACACUCGGACCACGUGGGUAACCUGGGCCUGUUCCCCGGGGCGCUGCUGAUCGUGGGGUACGACGUGUGCAGGGGGGACACGUACGUGGACAGUGGGUUAGCCCGCGGGGAGACGUACUGCGUAGACGAGCACAUCAGCAUCGUGCCGACGCCAGGCCACAGCGGGCAGGACGUGAGUGUCCAGGUGAGCGGGAUGGCCGGGGGGACUCUGCUGGUGGCCGGGGACCUGUUUGAAAACCACCAGGACGAGUCGAGCUGGAGAGAGCUGAGCCUGAACCCUGCACUACAGCAGCAGCACAGACAGAGGGCGCUACAGACCGCUGACGUCAUUAUCCCGGGACACGGCCCACCCUUCAGAGUCACCCGAGGGACCCAGAACGCACAGGGGGCAUCAUGAUGACAGAGGAGGAGGAGUGUGGGUGGCAUAGUGGUUAGUACUCAUGCCUCAAAGGGUCAUGGACAUGUACAAUCGGACCCCUUUGGUACCAGGACUCACCAAAUCAGAUUGUGACUGUUACGUUUUUGACCAUAAAUAUUUUUUUAAAGAACUAUUCUGCAUUAUUUUGUUAUUAUUCCCUUGAGUACCUUUGCUUUGGUAUCUCAUGUUUUACAACUUAAAAUAACAACGAUGUAUUGAACCAGACAUUAUUUUCCUGUUUGCGCACUCAUACUAGAAUACUGGACUCUGGUGUAGGGCUCCAUCAACAGACACCAGACGGAAUUACCAUGGCAAAAAAAACAAAUUUUAGAUAAUAAUGAACAUGCCCCAACAUGUUCACAGAAGUACGCUCUGGUAAUGAACACAAUUUGACAGCACAGAUACUUAGAACAUGUCUGGUUCUGAUUUAUGGACUUAAAAACUGUACAUGGUCUCUGUCUGUGAUGCAACAAUCCUGGGAAAAUUCAAAACGCAUAUUCCCUGAGGCUCAGAGGAAUCAGAUUUUUUACAGGAGAUUGCUGAAACUAGUGUGAAUGAAGCUAAAUAUAACUUAUAAACAAUAUAAAAAAAUAAAAUGUUCGUUAUCCC